AUGGCUUCAAAGCUGUUCCUAAAUACUCUGAACAUGGAGAAUAGACGAUUUAACAAACGAGAGAUGUGUGGGUUUCACGGGACCGUCCGUGGGACGUUGCUCUGCAGUCGAGUGAUGGGACUAUUACCACUCAGUGGGCUUACUUGUCCCACUAGUCAUAAAUUAAGGUUCACGCUCCGCUCUCCGUACACGAUGUUCUACGCGAUCAGUCUCUUUGGGCAGGUAUUGAUGUUCAUCAUGACUUUCUGCUGGGUUGUGCUGAACGGUAUCUCCUUGGCGAAUAUGACGAAUUCCAUAUUCAACACAUCUAGUUUAGUAUCAGUUUUGAUACUGAUGCACAUCGGUCGGUGCUGGCCUGCACUAGUAGCGAAGGUGGAGUCCAUCGAGUGCAAACUACCUCCGUUCACGAGGAACGUCGGGGUUAUGAGCAAUAUUACUACGAUAUUUAUUUUCACUGCUGCUGUAGUGGAACAUCUUUUGUCAGUAUACUAUGGAUUAAAAGUGGCGUGUGCCUGCGACAUUAAUAAUGUUGGUGAGACUUAUUUUCGGUUCAGCAUGCCGUGGAUUUUUGAUUAUACACCUUAUGCUGCGUGGAAAGGAGCUCUUAUUGAGGUACAACUAUUUAGUUUAAAUAAGAUAAGAUGA